CGGAAAUCCGCGAAAAAUUCCAGGCAUAGAAGCAGCCACACCCACACAAGCUCAACUUCAAAGUUAUCUCUGUUCUUCUUCUUCCUUCCUCCACUUAUCUCUUUAUCUAUCCAAAUUGCUCAUUGAUUGUAAAAUUAGCUUAUGAUAUCGGUUUUUGAUUCGUCGAUAAACCCGCUACCCUAGUCGAAAUCCAUUGGAAUGAGAUAAGAGCUUCUGAUGUUAUUGUGAAUUUUUGUUUAUUUCUUUGUUUUUGUUCGUGUUCUGUGUUGAUUUAGAUGCCGUCGAUGCUGGUUCUCGUCGGCACAGUGCCGUCGUUGGUUUCUCUGGUUAGUCCAGGAGGAGCUGGUGCUAGUGUUUCCGGAACUUGUUCGUCGUAUGCAUUAGUAAAGAGGGUUUCUUUCUCAAGGAGAGGCGUUAAGGGGAGUAAGAGAUGGUUGUGUAGAUAUUCUGUUUCGUCUUCAGCUACUACUAGUACUACUGACUUCAUCGCUGAGGCGGCAAGCAGCAACUCAGUUUCUAUAGAUUCUAACUCUUUUAAAGAAGGGGAUGAUAGUGAGAUCGUGUUGAAGCAGGCUCCUAAACCUGUGUUGAAACCCCCUGUGGCGAGAGUGGAGAGGGGUUCUGGAGUGAGUAGUUCUGCUCCUUGGAGUAAGGAGUUAUCAAACGGGGCUAAGUUUGAUGGAGAGGAAGAGAGGAAUAAGGUUAUUGAAUCUCUUGGUGAAGUGUUGGAUAAAGCUGAGAGUUUAGAGAUUCCAAAACCGGGUAAGAAAGAAGGGGGUGGUGAGGGUGUUAAACCGUCACAGCCUAGUGCCAACAGUGGUGACUCCAAAAACGGUGCCGUUGCUGGUGGUGGAGGGACAAGGAAGACGAAGACGAUGAAGAGUGUGUGGCGUAAGGGAGAUGCUGUUGCAGCUGUGGAAAAAGUUGUUAAGGAAGAACCUAAAGUUGAUAGUAAGGGGAAAUCAGGUACUCAGUUGUCACCAUCACAGCCGCCUCUAAGACCUCAACCACCUUUAAGAGCUCAGCCACAGCUGCAAGGGAAGCCUAUGGUAGCUCCACCACCUGUGAAGAAACCCAUUUUAAAAGAUCUUGGUAUGUCAUCAAAACCUUCAGGUCCCAUUUUGAAAGAUGUUGGUAUGUCAUCAAAACCUUCAGGUCCCAUUUUGAAAGAUGUUGGUAUGGCCUCAAAGCCUCCAGUUUCUGAAGAGGUUGAUUCUAGCACAAAGGGUAAAGAAAGGAAGCCUAUAUUGGUUGAUAAGUUUGCUUCCAAGAAAAAAAGUGCUGAUCCUGCGGCCUCUCAGGCUGUGUUAGCUCCUACUAAGCCUGGAAAAGGUCCUCCUUCUAGCAAGUUCAGAGUUGAGCACCGUAAUAAAAGGAAUGCAGCUAAUCCAAGGCGAAGAAUGGCUGCUGAAGACGACGCUGAUGAAGAUGCAUCGGAGUUGAAUGUCUCCAUUCCUGGAUCAGGUAGAAAAGGGAGAAAGUGGAGUAAAGCUAGUAGGAAAGCUGCAAGACUCCAGGCUGCAAGAGAUGCAGCACCUGUUAAAGCUGAAAUUUUAGAGGUUGAGGAAGAAGGCAUGUCCAUUGAGGAUUUGGCUUACAACUUGGCCAUAGGUGAAGGUGACAUCCUUGGGUAUCUAUAUUCCAAAGGGAUUAGACCUGAUGGUGUGCAGACUUUGGACAGAGAGAUGGUGAGGAUGAUUUGUAAAGAUUAUGAUGUUGAGGUCCUGGAUGCUGAUUCAGUUCAAGUUGAAGAAAUGGCAAAGAAAAAGGAAAUUUUUGAUGAAGAAGAUUUGGACAAGUUAGAAGACAGGCCUCCUGUCAUCACCAUAAUGGGUCAUGUAGACCACGGAAAGACCACUCUUCUGGACUAUAUCAGAAAAAGCAAGGUUGCAGCUUCAGAAGCAGGGGGAAUUACACAAGGAAUUGGUGCAUAUAAGGUGUCAGUUCCUGUUGAUGGGAAGGUUCAGCCAUGCGUUUUCCUUGAUACUCCUGGACAUGAGGCAUUUGGUGCAAUGAGAGCUCGCGGAGCACGGGUCACUGACAUCGCAAUCAUUGUGGUUGCUGCUGAUGAUGGAAUCCGUCCUCAAACAAAUGAAGCAAUAGCUCACGCAAAGGCUGCUGGUGUCCCUAUAGUCAUAGCUAUAAAUAAGAUAGAUAAAGACGGAGCUAGUCCAGAGAGAGUGAUGCAAGAGCUUUCUUCAAUUGGUUUGAUGCCUGAAGAUUGGGGUGGUGAUGUUCCAAUGGUUCAGAUCAGUGCUUUGAAAGGGGAGAAUAUCGAUGAUCUGUUGGAAACUGUCAUGCUUGUUGCUGAGUUGCAAGAGUUGAAAGCAAAUCCACACAGAAAUGCCAAGGGCAUUGUUAUUGAGGCUGGACUUGAUAAAGCAAAAGGACCAUUUGCGACAUUCAUUGUUCAGAAGGGCACAUUGAAGAGAGGGGAUGUUGUUGUUUGUGGGGAAGCUUUCGGAAAGGUACGAGCUUUAUUUGAUCACAGCGGGGAACGAGUUGAUGAAGCUGGACCCUCCAUACCUGUACAGGUGAUUGGUUUAAACAAUGUACCCAUUGCUGGUGACGAAUUUGAGAUUGUCUCUUCACUUGACAUGGCGCGUGAGAUGGCAGAGGCACGUGCUGUAUCACUACGAGAUGAAAGAAUAUCUGCAAAGGCUGGGGAUGGAAAGGUCACGCUUUCAUCCUUAGCUUCUGCUGUAUCAGCUAAAAAGAUGUCAGGCUUAGAUUUGCAUCAGCUUAAUAUCAUCUUGAAGGUCGAUGUACAGGGAUCCAUUGAAGCUGUCAGACAAGCUCUGCAAGUCCUUCCUCAAGAGAAUGUGACAUUGAAAUUUUUGCUACAAGCGACAGGGGAUGUGAGCAACAGUGAUGUUGAUCUAGCAUCAGCGAGUGAAGCCAUCAUAUUUGGAUUUAAUGUCAAAGCAUCUGGCUCUGUGAAAAAAGCUGCAGAAAAUAAAGGUGUUGAAAUCCGACUAUACAGAGUUAUCUAUGAGCUUAUCGACGAUGUACGAAACGCAAUGGAAGGACUUCUUGAGUCUGUUGAGGAACAAAUCCCAAUAGGGUCAGCAGAAGUUCGAGCUACUUUCAGCAGUGGAAGUGGCCGUGUGGCUGGAUGCAUGGUGAAUGAAGGGAAAUUUGUCAAAGAUUGUGGCAUCAGGGUGAUCAGGAAGGGUAAAACAGUCCAUGUUGGUGUCCUUGAUUCUCUUAAACGUGUCAAAGAAAAUGUGAAAGAGGUGAGUGCUGGAUUAGAAUGUGGUAUUGGUAUGGAUGACUAUGACGAUUGGAUUGAAGGAGACACCAUUGAGGCCUUUAACGCGGUUCAAAAGAGGCGAACGCUGGAAGAAGCAUCGGCUUCAAUGUCUGCUGCAAUUGAGGAGGCUGGAGUUUGAGUUGCAAUUUUAGUCAUCAAAGAAGCUCAAGCAAACAGGGUGCAGCGUUGGGUCUUACAACAGUUUGGUUGGUACAUUGUUUGUAUGGUCUCAUGUUGUAUAUGGCAAAUGUUUCUACAUUCAGUCCAUUAAUGUAGGAAAAACAAAAAAGAAAAACAAAAUGUGACAAUGUUUUGUUGAAAAAAUCAAAAAGGUAAUUACUUAUUUUAAUAUUUGUAUAAAUCAUUCCUUUUAAUUCAAAUUUUGUGUUAUAA